AUGAGCGACCAUGGACAAAGGGCGCUAUAUCACUGCAACUACUGCCAUACGGACAUCUCCAAUGAGGUGCGCAUCAAGUGCGCCGACUGCCAGGACUUUGACCUGUGCUUGGACUGCUUCGCGGUCGGCGUCGAGGUGACGCCGCACAGAAACACACACAGGUACCGCGUGGUGGACAACCUGAGCUUCCCGCUGCUGCACCCCGACUGGGGCGCCGACGAGGAGCUGCUGCUGCUCGAGGGCUGCGACGUGUACGGCUUCGGCAACUGGGCCGCGGUGUCGGAGCACGUCGGGACAAAGAGCCGCGAGCAGUGCAGGGAGCACUACUUUUCGACUUAUGUGGACGUGCCCACCUUCCCGCUGCCGACGCCCGCACCCGAGAUGGCGGGGGUGGACGUGCGGUGGCUGGCGGACCAGGCGCGCGCAGGGGGCGGCCGCAAGCGCCAGCGCUUGGACCCGCAGCAGCUGCAGCAGGCCAACGCCGACAACCCCCGCCAGGCCAAGGCCUCGGCGGGCGGCGCGCCGCCGGCGGCCGCCGCGCAGCAGCCGCCCGCGGCGGCGCAGCAGCAGCAGAAGGGCUUUGCCGGCGCGGCGCCGGGGGCGGCGGGCGGCGCGGGGCCGGGCGGGCAGCCGGGCGGGCUUGGCCUGAGCAGCAAGGGGCUGCCCCAUGGCGCGGCGGCGGGCGUCAAGGCGGGGUCUGGCGGCUGGGACACCACGGGGUGGCAUGCAAAGCGCGGGGAGUUUGACUUUGAGUAUGACCAGGAAAAGCAGCUGUAG